AUGCCGAAACGUGUGACGAUCUUUGAUCCCCCUGCGCAGGACCAUUCCAAGGCCCUGAUCGAGAAUGUGCUCGAUUUGACCCCCGUGGUAGACCUCGGCCCAGAUGUCUUCACCAAUACCCGACCGCUAUGGCAUCCUCCUGGAGCUCGAGGCAUCUACGGCGGUGCCGCGAUCGCGCAAUCUCUGUCCGCCGCUAUGCGAACCGUCCCCGCCGACUACGCCGUCCACAGCAUGCACUGCUACUUCGUGCUUGCCGGAGACUCCGAAAUCCCCAUCCUAUACCACGUUGAGCGAGUGCGCGAUGGACGAAGCUUCGUAACCCGAACCGUGCAAGCGCGACAACGGGGUCGCCCCAUCUUCACAACCACGCUGAGCUUUAGCCGCGUAGGCAGUGGCGGCCAGAAAACCAUUCACCACCAGGCCACCAAGCCGGAUGUGAACCUCCCUGAAGCCGAGCUGGGCAGCCUCCGCGCUCUCAGUAACGCGGGCGGUGGUCCGUUUGAGUCGCGGAAGGCGGGCAUUGUCAACCGCACAUCUGUCAACCCGGAAGAGAAGAAAGUCCGUCGAUACAUCCGCGCCCGUGGCCACAUCUCCGAGGAGGGAGGUUACCAAGCCCACCUGUCGGCGCUUGCCUACGUUACGGAUAGUUUCUUCAUCGGAUCCGUUUCGAUUGUACACGACAUACCGCGGUUCUCCUCGCCCGCCGAGUUGGAGAAGCUUCUGAAUGCCUUGAAGAAUCCGUCUGAUCUGGACGAUGAAGAUAUCACACGGGCUCUUAAGGAACUUAAGGAAGAGGAGGCUGCAGACUUGCGCCGUCGCAUCGAAGGUGCAUUGGACAAGGCGGGCGGUGAGAACCAGGAGGAACACAAGGAGGUUGGUAUGAUGGUCAGCCUUGACCACUCAAUCUACUUCCACAAUCCGCUUGCAUUCCGCGCCGAUGAAUGGAUGUUGACCGAGAUGGAGAGUCCUUGGGCUGGCGAGGGCCGGGGAUUGGCGAUCCAGAAGAUCUGGUCGAAAGACGGUGUCUUGAUUGCUACUUGCACGCAAGAGGGUGUUGUGCGCUUAAAGCAAGACAAGCCGCCAAAGUCAAAGAUCUAG